AUGAGAGAGAUGGGGGGCAUUGUUUGCUUAUAUUAAUGGAAAAAGUAGAGAGAGGGAAGAGAGAGAACAUGGUAGAGGGGAGGGAAAUAAUAAUGUUAUUAAGCGAGCAGUGGACGGUAAUGGAGGUUUAGAGAGAGAGAGAGAGAGAGAGAGAGAGAGAGAGACGUGGGAAGUUUCAUUGGAUUUUUGCGGAAGGGGAGAGAGAGAGAGAAGUUGGGUCAAGCUCAGUGGUGCGUGUGGGGAGGUGCGCAGGAUAAAGAAACCUUUCUUCCUCCUCAUUCCUCCUUGGGGUCCUCUGCUUCUGCUCUGCCCUCACUCAUUUGAGCUCGAGCCCUGCUGCUACCGCUCCCUCGCCGGGCUUUUUCAGUGUUGACCGUUGACCACUCUCUCUCCGGGGCUUUCUUCACCUGGGUAGUGGGUUUUUCUUCUCGGUUUCCAACAAUGGUGGGCGGUGGUGGGAGGAAGAGGAGAGCUCUCGCGGCGUUUCUCUGCCUGUUGGGUCUGAUGGCUUCGCUGUCCUGCGGCGGGGCCGCGAGGCUCGAAGACGGGUCGAAGCAGAAGCUGGAGGUUCAGAAGCACCUGAAGCGCCUCAACAAGGCCCCUGUGAAGAGCAUUCAGAGCCCAGAUGGGGACAUAAUAGAUUGUGUCCACAUGUCAAAUCAGCCUGCCUUUGAUCACCCUUACCUCAAAGAUCACAAAAUCCAGAUGAGGCCUAGUUAUCACCCAGAAGGGCUGUUUGAUGAGAACAAGGUGGCUUCUUCCUCAGCUUCUAAGGAGCAAGCAAACCCGAUUAACCAGCUUUGGCACCAAAAUGGGAAAUGCCCUGAGAACACGAUCCCCAUAAGGAGAACAAAGAGUGAUGAUGUUCUUCGAGCGAGUUCUGUCAAGAGAUAUGGGAGGAAGAAGCACAGAACCGUCCCUCAGCCCCGCUCCGCUGAUCCCGAUCUUAUCAACCAGAGUGGCCACCAGCAUGCCAUAGCUUAUGUUGAGGGGGACAAGUACUAUGGAGCAAAGGCCACCAUUAAUGUUUGGGAGCCCAAGAUUCAGCAGUCAAAUGAGUUCAGUCUCUCUCAGCUGUGGAUCUUGGGAGGUUCAUUUGGGGAAGAUCUCAAUAGCAUUGAGGCGGGUUGGCAGGUCAGCCCAGAUCUAUAUGGUGAUAAUAACACAAGAUUGUUCACCUACUGGACGAGUGAUGCGUAUCAAGCCACGGGGUGCUACAACCUUCUCUGCUCAGGUUUCAUCCAGAUAAACAACGAGAUUGCCAUGGGAGCCAGCAUCUCCCCAAUUUCUGCUUUCAGGGGUUCUCAGUAUGAUAUAAGUAUACUUAUAUGGAAGAUGCAGACAGAGCCUUAUAUGUAUCUUAUUUUACUUCACAGGAUCCCAAUGAAGGACACUGGUGGAUGCAAUUCGGGAACGGCUACGUGCUGGGCUACUGGCCGGCCUUCCUCUUCUCGUACCUAGCGGACAGCGCCUCAAUGAUCGAGUGGGGAGGCGAGGUCGUGAACUCGGAGCCCGAUGGUCAGCACACCUCGACGCAGAUGGGGAGCGGCCACUUCCCUGAGGAAGGGUUUGGGAAGUCGAGCUACUUCCGGAACAUUCAGGUUGUGGACGGAUCCAACAACCUCAAGGCCCCUAAAGGGAUCGGGACCUUCACGGAGCAGUCCAACUGCUAUGACGUGCAGACUGGGAAUAACGGGGACUGGGGCCACUACUUCUACUACGGGGGGCCGGGUAAAAACCCGAAAUGCCAGUGAAAGCUUGGGCCCUUGCCCUCGAUCUUCUUCCGUUUAUGUAUCAUUCAACCUAUGUGUAAUGAUGUUCCCUUCCCUCACUCCCUCUUCUGUAUACCUGUGCCCUUCUGUCCUUUUAGUCUUAGGUCUGGACUAGGUAGUGGGAAAUUUUGUCUGGGUCCUUCUUGGUUUUCUUUUUUCAUUUCUCUUAGCAGAAGAAAGAAGUCUCCUCCUCAAAUGUAAGUUGUUGGAGAGUUUGGUCUGAUGUCUCUCAAAGCUCAAAGAGACGCAGAACCUCAGUCCACUUCUGUCUCUCUCUCUCUUUGUAUUCUAUUUGUUUACUCACUCCUGUCUUUGGAGUUGGUCUCUUAAGGAAUGAAUGAACAGCUUCUCUCCCUUUUCUCGGUGA